GCCUGCGCUUUGCCCUGGAAGCAACUCGCCUCUGAUUCUUCGGGCGUGCGAUCCAGAGAGUCCCAGUCUCGUUUCUGCCGAGUGUCCCUGAACCGAGGACAAUGAACCGCAGCCGCCAGGUGACGUGCGUGGCCUGGGUCCGCUGCGGCGUGGCCAAAGAGACGCCAGACAAGGUAGAGCUUAGUAAAGAAGAAGUAAAACGUCUCAUUGCUGACGCAAAGGAAAAAUUACAAGAAGAAGGUGGCAGUGAUGAAGAGGAGGCAGGUGAUCCCUCAGAAGGCGGCAUGCAGAGUGCACGUACCCAGGCACGACCAAGGGAGCCCCUGGAGGACGGUGACCCAGAGGAUGACAGGACGCUGGAUGAUGAUGAGCUGGCAGAGUACGACCUAGAUAAAUACGAUGAGGAAGGCGACCCAGACACCGAAACUCUUGGCGAAUCUCUCUUGGGUCUUACAGUCUAUGGGAGUAAUGAUCAAGAUCCUUAUGUGACUCUGAAAGAUACGGAGCAAUAUGAACGUGAUGAUUUCUUGAUUAAACCCAGUGACAAUCUCAUAAUUUGUGGUAGAGCUGAACAGGACCAAUGCAAUUUAGAGGUGCAUGUUUAUAAUCAAGAAGAGGAUUCCUUUUAUGUGCACCACGAUAUAUUGCUGUCUGCGUACCCUCUGAGCGUGGAAUGGCUGAAUUUUGAUCCUAGCCCAGAUGAUUCGACUGGAAAUUACAUUGCUGUGGGAAAUAUGACCCCCGUCAUUGAAGUGUGGGACCUUGAUAUAGUGGACUCUUUAGAGCCAGUCUUCACACUUGGAAGUAAGCUAUCAAAAAAGAAGAAAAAGAAAGGAAAGAAGAGUUCCGCAGCUGAAGGGCACACCGAUGCGGUCCUGGAUCUUUCUUGGAAUAAGCUGAUCAGAAACGUGCUAGCAAGUGCAUCAGCUGACAACACUGUCAUUCUGUGGGAUAUGUCCUUGGGGAAACCAGCAGCUAGCCUUGCCGUACACACAGACAAGGUCCAGACUCUGCAGUUUCAUCCAUUUGAAGCACAGACUCUUAUUUCUGGAUCAUAUGAUAAGUCAGUGGCUUUGUAUGACUGCCGAAGUCCGGAUGAAAGCCAUCGAAUGUGGCGAUUCAGUGGGCAGAUUGAGAGAGUGACUUGGAAUCACUUUUCACCAUGUCAUUUUUUGGCCAGUACAGAUGAUGGCUUUGUAUAUAACUUGGAUGCGCGUUCAAAUAAGCCAAUUUUUACACUUAAUGCACACAAUGAUGAAAUCUCUGGGCUUGAUCUAAGCAGUCAAAUCAAGGGUUGCCUUGUGACCGCGUCAGCAGACAAAUACGUGAAGAUCUGGGACAUAUUAGGAGAUAGGCCAAGUCUAGUCCACUCCAGGGACAUGAAAAUGGGAGUUCUCUUUUGUUCUGCCUGUUGCCCUGAUUUGCCGUUUAUUUAUGCCUUUGGAGGUCAGAAAGAAGGGCUUCGGGUCUGGGAUAUAAGCACAGUCUCUUCAGUAAAUGAAGCAUUUGGAAGACGAGAGAGGCUUGUUCUUGGCAGUACAAGAAAUUCAUCUAUUAGUGGUCCUUUUGGGAGCAGGAGCGCAGACACACCCAUGGAGUCUUAAUGAAGAUCAUACGAUUUCCUGUUUUAUUUAUCUUCACUCAGAGUUUUAGGAAGCUGGCCUACAAAUGUUCCAUGUGUAGCUACAGCCAUGCAGUGACUGAACAAAACUCAUUUUCUACUACCUGACAUUCCUCUCUGCAGCUGUGGUGGCAACACAGAUAGGGCCAGUCUUCAUCUGGCCCUUCGAGCGUGUGGUGUCUAAGGCUCCUGUUGCAGGGCUCCUUGAAAAGGAUAAUAAAAAAGGUCUGUAAACAAUAAACUCCUUAAAUAUGCCAUCGUCACAGGUAACCUAGGUUUGAAAAAUAGCUAGUAAAUGUUAAAAGAGGAAAAUCCUGUAAUCCUAACAGAUGGGUAAACCCAGGCCCAGAAAGGUGGUUUGGCCAAGACUGCACGGUGGGCCACAAACAGGCAGGUACCCCAGGAACUGCACUUUACAAACUGACUGUUAUCCAAUUAAUGCUCAUGAGUUAGAAGUGUAUUCAGUGCUACUUGGUAACUAAAUUAAAAGUGGCAUGCCUUUUUUUUAUCCCUAGCAUGGUAGUCAGUCAUUGUUAUCAAAGAAGAGACAUUACAUAAUGAUAAAGGCAUUAAUCCAACCGUAGGAUAUAACAUUCAUAAAUUUUAAGCACCCAGAAUAGGAGCACAUAACUAUAAAAAGCAAAUGUUAACAGAGCUAAAAGAAACAGCAAUACAAUAAUAGUAGGGGACUAGAAUACUCCACUUUCACCAAUGACUAGAUCCUUCAGACAGAAAAAUCAAUCAACAUUGGCCUUAAACAACUCAUUAGACCAUGUGGACUUAACAGACAUACAGAACAUAUCAGCCAAAAGAACAAUACACAUUCUUCCCAAGCACAUAUGGAAAAUUCUCCAGGAUAGAUCACAUUAGGACACAAAACAAGUUCUUAAUAAAUUUAAGAUUGAAAUCACACCAAGCAUCUUUUCCAACCAUAAUAGUAUGAAACCAGAAAUCAAUUACAGGAAAAUUUGAAACUUGGAUAUGGCUUGGAGAUGUUUGUUAACAUGGAUUACCUCAUCCUUUCUGAUAGCAGCAUUGUAUUGCUUAAUAUGGACGUGCCAUAAUUUAUCCACCAUUUUCUUUCUGAAGCACACUUAGGUUUCUUCUGUUUUCACUGUUAAAAACUGCUGUAUUCCUUCAUCCUAACCAUACCUGUAAGAAAGGAGUAGGAUCCUGUACAUACUUUUUUUUUUUUUGCAUAUGAACUUGAAAUUGGAUUUCCUGGUCACUAGCCAUUGUUUUUCUUUAUGUGCCUGCCUGCUCCACACACCCCACCUUUAAAGCCCAAUAUGUUCCUUUCCCAAAGACAAUAUGUGCUGAAUAAAUGAAUGGGUCUUCCCCUGUUUCUCUUGCCAUGAAACACUAUUUGCAUUUUGGGAACUUCAGAUACAAAAUAGCCUGGCACGCUUUCUUUUUGUCACAGCAUAUCUGGGUCAGGCAUCUCGAAAAAGUCCCUAACAGAACAUUAUGUCAUCUCCCACGCUUUUGAAUAAUUCAGUUUUUCAUAGACGGGUGCCAGUUGUCUCUGACCAAUUAAGAACAACGGCCCACAGAGGUGUCCUCUGCUUAUAAAAAUGCAUUUCACGGCCCCAGUGCAAACAUACGACUAUCGGCAGCAGUGAGAUGCACCUGAGAUGAGGUGUCAGUGCAGCAGCAGGGAGAUCAGCAUGGAAGCGAACCGGGAGGAAAAAUACGUUUUAAAAGGUAUUCCCAACGCACAAAUCACAACAUAAUAAAAAAUCUUAAAUGUUCUGAAUUUCAUUUUCAACAUCUAUAAGAUGGGGGUAAACCCACUAUUACAAUGCCCUAUGAGGACUAAACAAAUUAAACUAAAAUAUACUGCCAUUACAGACUGUCUGCAAGUUAAGUGUCACAAAUGCCCAAGAGCAUUUAGCUGAGAGGGGCAGGAGGUUGUCUGUUGACAAACAAUAGAUCAUUCAAAAAGUAAACUUUCCCAAGUCAG